UAGAACGUUGCUGUGGUUGCGCUCGGGCGCCAUGUUAGGACGAAGGGGAAGGAGGAGAAGCGCUUAAAGCGGCGGGAGCGGGUGCGGGAGUGGGGUUGGACCCAGGGCUGGCGCAGCGCCCCCGUCCCUCCCGCCUCAGUGGAUCAUGCCCAGGGCGGCAGCGCCGGCGGUUGCGGGGGGGAAGUGACUGGGCGGUGCCGGCGCAGGAGACGAUGCCGUUUCCAGUUACGACGCAGGGGUCACAGCAGACGCAGCCACCGCAGAAGCACUAUGGCAUCACCUCGCCCAUCAGUUUGGCGGCCCCCAAGGAGACCGACUGCACCCUCACACAGAGACUCAUCGAGACUCUGAAGCCCUUUGGGGUUUUUGAAGAGGAGGAAGAAUUGCAGCGCAGGAUUUUAAUUUUGGGCAAAUUGAAUAACCUGGUUAAAGAGUGGAUCCGAGAAAUCAGUGAGAGCAAGAAUCUUCCGCAAUCUGUAAUUGAAAAUGUUGGAGGAAAAAUUUUUACAUUUGGAUCUUACCGAUUAGGAGUCCACACAAAAGGUGCUGACAUCGACGCGCUGUGUGUCGCACCCAGACAUGUCGACCGGAGCGAUUUUUUCACCUCAUUCUAUGAUAAGUUGAAGUUACAGGAGGAAGUGAAGGAUCUAAGAGCCGUUGAAGAAGCGUUUGUGCCAGUUAUCAAACUCUGUUUUGACGGGAUAGAGAUUGAUAUUUUGUUUGCAAGAUUAGCACUGCAGACUAUUCCAGAAGAUUUGGAUCUGCGAGAUGACAGUCUGCUAAAAAAUUUAGAUAUAAGAUGCAUAAGAAGUCUUAACGGCUGCAGGGUAACCGAUGAGAUUUUACACCUAGUACCAAACAUUGACAACUUCAGGUUAACUCUGAGAGCUAUCAAGCUGUGGGCCAAACGCCACAACAUCUAUUCCAAUAUCUUAGGUUUCCUCGGUGGUGUUUCCUGGGCUAUGCUAGUAGCAAGAACUUGCCAGCUUUACCCAAAUGCAAUAGCGUCAACUCUUGUACAUAAAUUUUUCUUGGUAUUUUCUAAAUGGGAAUGGCCAAAUCCAGUGCUAUUGAAACAGCCUGAAGAAUGCAAUCUUAAUUUGCCUGUAUGGGACCCAAGGGUAAACCCCAGUGAUAGGUACCAUCUUAUGCCUAUAAUUACACCAGCAUACCCACAGCAGAACUCCACGUACAAUGUGUCCGUUUCAACACGGAUGGUCAUGGUUGAGGAGUUUAAACAAGGUCUUGCAAUGACAGAUGAAAUUUUGCUGAGUAAGGGAGAGUGGUCCAAACUUUUUGAAGCUCCAAACUUCUUUCAGAAGUACAAGCAUUAUAUUGUACUUCUAGCAAGUGCACCAACAGAAACACAACGCCUAGAAUGGGUGGGCUUGGUGGAAUCAAAAAUCCGAAUCCUGGUCGGAAGUUUGGAGAAAAAUGAGUUUAUUACACUGGCUCAUGUGAAUCCCCAGUCAUUUCCUGCACCCAGAGAAAACCCUGACAAGGAAGAAUUCCGUACCAUGUGGGUGAUUGGGUUAGUGUUUAAAAAAACAGAGAACUCUGAAAAUCUCAGUGUUGAUCUCACCUAUGAUAUUCAGUCAUUCACAGACACAGUUUAUAGGCAAGCGAUAAACAGCAAGAUGUUUGAGGUGGAUAUGAAGAUCGCUGCUAUGCAUGUCAAACGAAAGCAACUCCAUCAACUCCUGCCUAGCCACGUGCUCCAGAAGAAGAAAAAGCAUUCAACAGAAGGCAUCCGAUUGCCACCUCUGAAUGACAGCAGCCUCGACUUGUCCAUGGACAGUGACAACAGCAUGUCUGUGCCUUCACCGACCAGUGCUAUGAAGACCAGUCCGCUGAAUAGUUCUGGCAGCUCUCAGGGCAGAAGCAGUCCUGCUCCAGCUGUGACAGCAGCAUCUGUGACCAACACACAGGCUACUGAAGUUUCUGUGCCACAAGUAAAUUCCAGUGAAAGCUCAGGGGGUACGGCGAACGAAAGCAUUCCACACACUGCCACACAGCCAGCCCCGUCCCCGCCACCAAAGCCUGCGGUCUCCAGAGCUGCUCCCGCAGCACGUGCAGUGAACACACCAUCCAGACCUCCAGGAAAUGCCACAGCGAAGGCCCCAAAUCCUGUUGCCGGAGUCAAGCGGACAUCCUCCCCUAAUAAAGAAGAGAGUCCCAAGAAAGCCAAAACGGAAGAGGAUGAAACAAGUGAAGAUGCUAACUGUCUUGCUUUGAGUGGACAUGAUAAAACAGAAACAAAGGAACAACUCGAUACAGAGACAAGUACAACUCAAUCAGAAACUGUUCAGACAGCCGCUUCUCUGCUGGCCUCUCAGAAAACAUCCAGUACAGACCUUUCUGAUAUCCCUGCUCUCCCUGCAAACCCUAUUCCGGUUAUCAAGAAUUCAAUAAAGCUGAGGCUGAAUCGGUGAGGAAGCGCCUCAGGGGUCCCUAAGCAAUGCCAGCUCGACCUGCUGUCAUCUCCAGAUGCUGAGGAGAACGGAGCGUGCAAGAUGCGACGGGACUGAAAAUGGACUUAGGCCUCCUGCCCUGCCCUGCCCUGCCUUUCCCCUUCCCCUUCCCCUUCCUUGCCUUUCCCUUCUUUCUUCUCCCCCCCCCCCUUUCCUCGUUUCCCCCUUUCUUUUUUCUAUUUUCUUUUGUUGACCUCCCUUUACUGGGCUAACCAGCACUUGAUCGGAAGUCCAGGUUAGUAUGUGAAACCAGGAGAGUACUAUUAUUAUUGUGUUAGCAACAGUUGCAUUAACUACUUACAAAAAAAAAAUACUGCCUUUAAAAAAGCCAAGCUCAAGCUCUCUUUGUAUUUGUGAUUGACAUCUGGAUCAGUGGGCCUCGGGUGCGUUGUUUGUGAAGUGCAGUACAGACUGGCAGGAGCGCUUCUUAUUCUGAAGACGCACUUUUAUGGAUUUCUUUAGUGGAAGGUAGAACCGAGUUUAGAUUUUCAGCUCGAUGGAUUUUCUUUUUUUCCUAAAGAUUUUUCUUGACUAUCAGAGCUAAGAUUGGCUGGCAAUGCUGAGAGAUGUGCUGCUUUCCAGUGAGGAACACAUCUCGCUCAGUCCCUGGGGGCGGCUGGAGCCCAUGGAAAUGAAAUGGCAGCUCUAGGCUUUAUAUUCGACAUGGAAAGAACAAUUAGGAAAUCCUUGCUUUUCUGAUGGGGUCAUGAUUAAGAGAUGAUACAUUGGUUUUAUUUAUAGAAUUGCUUUAGAGUGCAUACAAGUCAGCGGUUAGCCGGCAGGUCUUUUUCGUUGAGCUAUAUUAGAGCUCCGUGUUCUUUUAUCUUUAAUCUGUUCUUUUUGAAACAAAGCUUUUUGCUCACCCAUUUCCUUUCUGCUUGUAUGCAAAGGUAAGGUUUAUUUUACACAUUAAAAAAAAAAAAUGCCAGUAUUUUCUCAAGCCAUGACGUGAAACCGGUGAUCCAGUGGCUCCACGACACAGAACACUACAUUUUGGUCCUAUGGCUGAAACUAGGGUGACUGAAGGGCUGUCUGUUUUGGAUGGCCAUCUGAUCUUGAAAUCCGAGGAAUUUUGUACACUCCACAGAACUGUCUAAAGUUGAUUUUCAGUUUUAAACAUAUGGGCAAAAGGCAUUUUCUCCCAAGAAUCUUAAACUUGAUUUUUAUUUUCAAAUGGGUGACCAACAUUUUCAGUAGAUUUUCCAUGUAGAAACAUUGCGAUCACUUGUAGCUAGUAUUUCUAUUUGGUUUUAUCAAUAGACUAGGGACUUUCUUUAAAGAAAAGUUGCUCAUAAUUAAUCCGAACAGCCAUCUCUAGGAAGUAGGAGAGACGCCAGAUGUUGAUAAGCUUCCUCUUUCUUACUCUGGACACGGUGAGCCGGGCAGGGUUUUCUGGUGCGCAUGUGCCCUGCCCGCCCCUGUGCUCCAUUCUGCCCCACGUGCAUUCACAGCGAACUGCGGUUUCUUAACUCUUCGUCCUUCUCAACUCAUCUCCCGAAGUCCGAGUGUAGUCUUUUCCCUGUAGGCUCUGCUCUGCAUUAAUUGAAGCUUUCUUUUCCCCAUACUUGAUGAAUGUCUAGUGUGCACUGUCUCUGCCUCCCACAUCUUUGCUCUGCGGCCACCUUGCCCUCCCACCACCGAGAAACCAAGGUCAGACCACCCGGUGACGGCUACAAGGUGUCUGUGUGUUUUGUGUAGCUUCAGAGUUAGAUUGGAAUUGCCAGGCACAGAUUUAGUCUCGUCGUUUUGUUUACACAUUGGGGAGAAUAAUUCAGUUUAUUAAACGUUUCAUGUAAUUGCACCCAAGUUUUGCCAAGCUGGGGACUUGAACCUUUUCUGUGUAGUGACUUGAAUUCUAGUUUCCAUAAGCUGGAGAUCAGACUGUUGCUUCCGCAUGAUGUCUGUAGUGUCUCAUGACUGGAGUUUGCUUUCUUUUAUAGUAUCUGUACUCCUUGUAUUUUUCAAGAGCUAUUUUGUAAACAGAUGAUGUAUUUCUCCAUUGAAAACACAAUAAAAAAAACAAA